AAUAUCCUCCUAGACUGUUGGUCACUGCUGACUGCUAAAACGAAUGGCUGUCCUCUUCCGCCACAUUUUCCAGUCUCCACCACCAUCCUCCUCCUCCUCCGCUUCUCUACCUUCAACCAAACCAAGGCCAUUCUUCUGCUCCGCAUCAGCGUCAUCCUCCAUGGAGCCGCACCCAACAAAGUUCAUGGAGUUCCCUUACGUCUCAACCCCUCACAAGAACCUCAUGGUUCAUCUUGUAUCCACCGUCGAGACGCGCCUCGCCUCCCACCUCCUUCCUUCAACUCUCCCGCCAGACGUACAAUACUACCAGAACGACACCGCCACUAACCAUGCGUCUCUUCACAUCAGAUCCGGCCUCCCCUCCUCCCCUAUUGAUUUCAUACUAGGAAGUUGGCUGCACUGUCAGCUACCAACAGGUGGAGCAUUGAACAUUACAAGUUUUUCAUCCUAUCUCAACCCAUCAACAGAUGCACCUAAUUUCCUACUCGAGUUGAUCCAAAGCAGUCCGACUUCACUAGUCCUCAUCCUGGACUUGCCUCCUCGAAAAGACCUUGUUCUUCACCCAGACUACCUCAAAACAUUUUAUGAGGAUACAAAGCUGGACACCCCAAGGCAAAAGCUCCAGAAACUAGCUGAGGUGAAACCUUACUUCUCCUCAUCGCUUUACAUCCGCAGCGUUGUGUCUCCUACCGCAAUUUUGGUUCGUGUAGAAGCAGUAGAGGGAGGGCUAAGCUUAGAGGAGAUCAUAGAGAACCAUAUCGGUCCGGUUGCAAGGGAAGUGUUGGGCAUCUGGUUGGAACAAUGCGCUCUUGGGAAGAGAGAAGUAGGGGAGAAUGAGAAAGCUGAACUGAAGAAGAGGGAUGAUUUGGUUAAGAGAAAGACUAUUGAGAUUGAUCUGGGCUCGAAUUUUCCUAGAUUGUUCGGACCUGAUGCUGCAGAUCGAGUAUUGGGAGCCAUUCGUGAAGCUUAUAGGGUAUGACAUUAUGAACAUAUGAUGUACGUGUUAAUUUGAUCACUGUAACAUUAGUACACUACUGAUAUCAGGAAAUAAUGAUCAAAUAAGUCAGUUGGAGUUGGAAAGUUGACUGGUU